UGGUUGGUAUGUACUAGGGACAGUAGCUGGGUACCUAGCUAUAGAUCGGAGAUUCACAACUAUUCAACCCCAACUCUUCAUACCGGUAUUAUUCCACACAACACUUCACCAUGCAAUAUACCACCAACCUCCUUCCCAUUCCCUCACUGCUCCUCCUAUUAACCUCACAAAUCCAACAAGCAUCAGCAAACACCGAAAAAGCCAUAUUCCUCGGUCCCUCAGCCCUGCAAAUCCCCGCAGCUCAUCCAACCCUUUCCGACCUGCAUCUCUCCGCCCUCUCACCCCAACACCACAUAUUACGAACACACAUCGAUGCCGAAUUCCCUACAUCCAAUUCAAAAUAUGGCCAAUCUUCAUGGUAUCUUCUCCAGGGAUUGGAAGAGGGACAACGAUAUGAAGUGCGAGUGUGCUGGGCAGCCACGGUACGAGACGCCUCUCCGUAUUCCAUAUUUUCCGAGCUUGAAAUGCUUAAAAUCUGGAUCAUUGCUAAUGAAUCUUAAUCAAUCCAGGAUCCAACUUCAUUUCGUCUUAACACUUAUGACUUAACAGCCGUUUUCGAAACCCCUGAAUUGAUUACAUCUCUUGCACAAUAUUCAGAGACUCGUCAGCCUGUGUUCAAUGAUGUUCAAGAUCAUAUCCCCAAAAUCUCCCAUGCCGACUUUAAAUAUAAGCAUAAAGAUGAUAUCUCUUCAACAUUAUUUCUACAGAUUUAUGCAGCUGCAGAUUAUUAUACCAUGAAUCGAACUCUUAUGGAGGAUGUUCCACCUGUAUUAGUCGACAUUAUUCUGGACCCUUACAUAUUCAAUAUCCUUCCCAGAUCAUUAGUACCCACUAUCGCAUAUGUAAUUUUACUUGCUGUCGGAAGCUGGUAUGCUUCAAAAUACGUCAUGGAUUGGAUGUGCACGAUUGGUGCCAAUGAGUUGAAGAGUGAGAAGAAGAAUUCAUGAAUAGCAGGCUAUCAUAUUUCAUAAAGAGUAUUCUCUCCAAAAGCCAUGCAGUUUUCGCAUAUACAGGAUAUCGAUCUAUCAGAAGAAGCCCUAGCCGUCCCAAACACACCGGAGUUAUUAGCUCGCUUACUCUAUCCAUCAUACUACGAUUAAAGCACUACCAUCCUGGUUGACCAGGAUAACCACUGGAAGGAGGAGGAGGGUAACCACCAGAUGAACCACCUUGCGAGCCAUGUUGUUGAUG